CCCUGCUGCAAGCCCCAGCAUGGCACCGUUCCUGCGCAUCUCCUUCAACUCCUACGAGCUGGGCUCCCUGCAGGCCGCAGAUGAGGCAAGCCAGCCCUUCUGUGCUGUGAGGAUGAAGGAGGCACUCAGCACAGAGCGUGGGAAGACGCUGGUGCAGAAGAAGCCCACCAUGUACCCCGAGUGGAAGUCCUCGUUCGAUGCCCACAUCUACGAAGGUCGCGUCAUCCAGAUCGUGCUGAUGCGAGCCGCGGAGGAGCCAGUGUCCGAGGUGACAGUGGGUGUGUCGGUGCUGGCCGAGCGCUGCAAGAAGAACAAUGGCAAGGCCGAGUUCUGGCUGGACCUGCAACCCCAGGCCAAGGUGUUGAUGUCUGUGCAGUAUUUCCUGGAAGACAUAGAUUGCAAGCAGUCAAUGCGGAGUGAAGACGGGGCCAAGUUCCCAACGAUGAACCGCCGUGGAGCCAUCAAACAGGCCAAAAUUCACUACAUCAAGAACCACGAGUUUAUCGCCACCUUCUUUGGACAGCCCACUUUCUGCUCUGUGUGCAGAGACUUUGUUUGGGGUCUCAACAAGCAAGGCUACAAGUGCAGGCAAUGCAACGCUGCCAUCCACAAGAAAUGCAUUGACAAGAUCAUUGGCCGGUGUACGGGCACUGCAGCCAACAGCCGGGACACCAUAUUCCAGAAAGAACGUUUCAACAUUGACAUGCCACACCGGUUCAAGGUUUAUAACUACAUGAGCCCCACCUUCUGCGACCACUGCGGCAGCCUGCUCUGGGGGCUGGUGAAGCAGGGAUUAAAGUGUGAAGAUUGUGGCAUGAACGUGCACCAUAAGUGCCAGAUGAAGGUGGCCAACCUCUGUGGCAUCAACCAGAAGCUCUUGGCCGAGGCCUUGAACCAAGUCACCCAGAGACCUGCCCGGAGGUCGGACUCCGAGACUGCAGAGACUGUUGGGAUCUACCAGAAUUUUGAGAAGAAGGCAGGAGUCUCUGGAGAUGAUGUCCCAGGAACUGGGACCUACGGCAAGAUCUGGGAGAGCAGCACCAAGUGCAGCAUUGAGAACUUCACCUUCAUCAAGGUCCUGGGCAAAGGCAGCUUCGGGAAGGUGCUGCUCGCAGAGCUGAAGGGCAAAAAAGAAUUCUUCGCCAUCAAGGCCCUCAAGAAGGACGUGGUUCUGAUCGAUGAUGACGUGGAGUGCACGAUGGUGGAGAAGCGGGUGCUGGCGCUCUCUGGGGAGAAUCCCUUUCUCACCCAUCUCUUCUGCACCUUCCAGACCAAGGACCACCUGUUCUUUGUGAUGGAGUUCCUCAAUGGGGGUGACCUGAUGUAUCACAUCCAGGACAAAGGCCGCUUCGAGCUCUACCGUGCCACGUUUUAUGCGGCUGAGAUAGUCUGUGGACUACAGUUUCUACACCAGAAAGGGGUCAUUUACAGGGACCUUAAGCUGGACAACGUGAUGCUGGACCAGGACGGCCACAUCAAGAUUGCUGACUUCGGCAUGUGCAAGGAGAACAUGUUCGGGGACAAACAGGCCAGCACCUUCUGCGGCACCCCUGACUACAUCGCCCCCGAGAUCCUGCAGGGCCUGAAGUACUCAUUCUCCGUGGACUGGUGGUCCUUCGGAGUCCUUCUCUAUGAGAUGCUCAUUGGUCAGUCCCCCUUCCACGGUGACGAUGAGGAUGAACUCUUCGAGUCCAUCCGUGUGGACUCACCGUAUUAUCCCCGCUGGAUCACCAGGGAGUCCAAGGACAUCCUGGAGAAGCUGCUUGAACGGGAUACAGCCAGGAGGCUGGGAGUGACAGGGAACAUCAAAAUCCACCCCUUCUUCAAGACCAUCAACUGGGCUCUGCUGGAGAAACGUGCAGUGGAGCCGCCCUUCAAGCCCAGAGUGAGGUCCCCUGGAGACUACAACAACUUCGACCAGGAGUUCCUGAACGAGAAGCCGCGCCUCUCCUACAGCGACAAGAACCUCAUCGACUCCAUGGACCAAACAGCAUUUGCCGGCUUCUCCUUUGUGAACCCCAAAUUCGAGAGGCUCCUGGAAAAUUGAGGUUGCCAGACAUGUGCCCCCAACCCACCCCAGCCAGGGAGCCUGGGUCAGCCAGCACGGCCUGCUGACCUGGCCCAGGCAGAGCAGGCAGGGCCUCCCACUUCAUCGGCACCUGCCUGUCCCCCACGAUAAGCAGCAGUGUGAUUGUCAUAAUUUCUGCUGCUGCCUGUCUCCCUUCUCCCCCAGAGAGGCCUUAGCUCCUGUCUGGCUGGGCUUUCAUGGUACUUCCUCUGUGAAUUGUAUGUGAAUUUGCUUUUCCUCUGCCCUCAGAGGGAAAUUGUAAAUCCUGUGUUUCAUUACUUGAAUGUAGUUAUCUAU